AUGAAGCUCUCCCUCAAGUUCGAAGACGACCCCCACGACCCCUACCACCACCGCAACGAAAACCCAAUCCUCAAGGCCAAAAUACCCGUAACCAUCUUCAACCAACCCUUCGUCUCCUCCACCACCGCAACAGCCGGCAGCUCCCCUUCAGACCUCUCCUUCUCCCUCUCCACCAGCUUCCCCUCGGGCCCUUCUCUCAAGCUCUCCUACUCUCCCACCCCCACCACCGCAGCAUCUACUCCUUUCUCUCUCUCCCUCAAGUCUGGCCUUGGCCUCUUUGGCUCCCCACACAACUCCCCCCUCGUCUUCUCCGCUCAUUUCUCCUUCUCCCCAACAAGCACUCCCAUCCCCACCUUCUCUCUCCACUUGAAGCCGCAAUUUGGCCACUUUUCCCUCAAAAGAUCGACUUUCUCCGACCCCGGUUCUAACCAGAUUUCUGGGCCUUUCUCCAACGGUGGAGAUAAAGUGAAUUAUGGGUCUUUCUCCAACGGUGGAGAAAAAGUCAAUUCGGAUUGUGGGUCACAUGCUAAUGGUGAGUUUGGAAAUGGGUUUGCGUUAGAUGGGUCAUCUGUUUGGCAGGAGCUGAAAUUGGAGCCUUGUAGUAGUAAAGAUGGAGUUACAAACCCUGAUUUCAGGGAGAAUUGUGGGAUUCAUUCAAAUGAUGGAAUUGGGUUUGUGCCAGAGAGGCAAUUGGCUUGGAAGAACAGUGGGAAAGAUGGGUUUUUGUCUGGAGUUGCGGUUAUGGCAAGGACGGUAUUGCCAGUAACCAAAAGGGUUAUGGUGAAUUUGCGGUGGGGCGUGAAUUUUCCGUCUGAUUUGGGAAAGAGAAUGCCGUAUUUGACGGUGAGUAAGAUUGGUAUACAGAGGGUUCAGCAGGUGAAGGAGGUGGAGAAGAUGAAGAACAGUGGUGAGAGUAAUGCGGGUGAUUUGGACCUUUUGAAGGGAAUGUGGUUUUGGAUGAGAAGGGAUUUGGAGGUUUUGGAGAAGGAAAAUAAAGAGAUGAACCAGAGUUUGGAGGAGAUGAGAACAAGAAUUUCUGCUAAAAAAUUUCGUGGGGAUAGUGAUGGUGUAAGGAAGAAUGUUUCACCACCUACAAGUGAGAGUUCUAGCACGUUUGAGCAGUGGAGGAGCAAGAAAAGUGGUGGAGAAGAGAAUGGGCGAAGAGAAUCGAAAAAGUCCUUGAAUCAGGUGAGCGAUAUGGAAUCUGAAUUGCAGAGAGCUCUCAAGGCAGAUGUGGAAUCUGAAUUGCAGAGAGCUAUAAAGGCGGCUUCCUCAUAG